CUGCUACCAGUCAUUAUUUUAUCUCAUCACUCUAUCCGGGCACCAUUCCACUACAUCAUGCACAAUCUCGCGACUGCCGUGAGCGACGGCUUCAGAGGCCGUCGAACGAUCUAUGCUCUUACCAACGAAUCCACAAUCUCGGAUGAGAGAUUAGAAGAACUGAUCAACGAGGUGGUCCUACACACCCCUAGUGCCUUCAACAGCCAGGCAACACGCCUCGUGGUUCUACUCAAAGAUGAGCAUCGGAAGCUAUGGGACCUGGCAGCAGAAGUGGCCGCCUCGACAGUGAGCCCGGAGUUGUUUGAUAAGCUCUACAAGCCACGGAUUGCCAUUUACCGUGCUGGAUACGGGACUGUAUUAUUCUACGAAGACCCGGUGCCUCUGAAACGCCUCGAGGAAAAAUGGCCUAUGCUCAGGGAUAAAUUCCCACAAUGGUCCGAGCAUUCCAAUGGCAUGCAUCAAUUUGCACUUUGGGCCCUCCUGGAGGCAGAAGGGCUGGGAUGUAAUCUUCAACAUUAUAGUCCCAUGCUGGAUGCUCCCAUUACUGAGCAUUGGAAAGUCCCUGGAAGCUGGAGUCUCAAGGCUCAGUUGGUUUUCGGGAAGCCAACCGGUUCCCCGGUGGAGAAGACCUUUGAGCCUCUAGGCCAGAGAGUAUUUUUCCACGGGUAG